AUGCCGCGCCCCGAGGUGAUGCUCCCCCACCCCUGGGGCCCCGCAAAUGCCACUCAGGGCUCGCUGCUGGCCGGGAACUUCCCAGCUUCCGCCUGGGCUGCCGGCAGGAGCGGGGCGGGAUGCCAGCCCAGCCCACCCAGUGCCCGUGCCAGCGCCCGGAGCCAGGAGCCAGCAGCACCAGCCGCUGUUCCUGCCCGAUCUGGGCAGGAUGCCCACGGAACAACCCGGCCCCGGGAGCUGCGGGAACCCCGGCACCGCGGCGAGCAGGAGCCACGCUGGGGCCACCAGAGCGCCGGGACUGUUCCCAAGGGGGAUGCGCGGUGGGGGCAAUCCAUAGGGACCCCAAAAUCCCCACGGGAGAGGCGGGCUGGUCUCCCACGGGAGAGCAGAGUGGGGCUGUGGGCGUCCCCCCAGGGAGGCAUCGCCACCCCCACGAGCACCGUCCCUGCCCGUGGCACCUCCAGGGACACGCCGGGAGCGGGGGGUGGCUCGGUCACCCUCUCGCCCGCCCUUCACCCGGGUCAGACCCCCGGGAAUAGCUCCCGCCGGCUAAAAUCAGCUCUGCCCCGGCUUGGGGGGCUCGCCCAGCUGCCGGGUCGUGACCCGCCAGCAGCGCCCGUGCCCCGGCUCGGCGACAGCUGCUGCCAGCCCGGGGCGGUUCGGAUGCCUGAGGCCGAGCCCGGGGGCAAUCCCGCCGGGAAUGUGCGCCUGGGGCCGUCCGUCAGCGGCAGGGAGGGCGGACCCCUCUAUGACCGCCGCGAGAACCCCCUGUGGCCCUCUUGGAUACCCGCCCCCUCCCCGGGACUCCCCGAGCCCACCCAGGACCCCCCUGUUACCAUCCCGGACCCCCCCGGAAUACCCCCCGUCACUCCCGCAGGGCUCCCUGAAACCCCCCAGACCACCUCGAGCAUCCCCUGCGACCCCUCGGAGCCACCCAAAAACCCCCUCUGCCCCCGCCCCAGGACCCCCGGAGUCUCCCAGGGACGCUCCCGACCACGUCCCCCGCCCCCCACACCGACUGCCCCCGUGACCCCCGCCCCGGGCCCGCCCCACAACCACGCCCCUGCCCCGUGGCCCCCCACGCGGCCCCGCCCACCGCCCCACGGUCCCGCCCACCGCCCCACGGCCCCGCCCACCGCCCCACGGCCCCGCCCACCGCCACGUGGCCACGCCCACACGGCAACGCCCACGCCCACACGGCCCCGGCCCCGCCCCGCGCGCCCCGCGCGCCCCCUGCCGGACGCCCCCGGCAUUCACGUUUCCCACUCUUCCCUCUGA